GAAACUUCGCAGUGAGUUACCUGCACUUGGAGAAGGGCCUUACCUGAGCGCGCCUCUGCCAAUGGCAGCUCACCUGAGGGAGCUCCGCAGCCAAUCACAGCGCAGCUCGGCCCUCGGGCUUGUACCCUUUAGUGAAAGAAUUCAGCGCCUAGCGAGAAAGUUACCUGUGGCCGCCCAAGUCCGCCACUUUGCGCUCUGUGUCUGCCCAUUGCCACGAUCCGGGAGGACUCCGCGCCGCCGGGCCGCCUCCGAGCGCGGGCCCCAUGUGAGGGCCCCCCCCCAUCCCACCUUUCCGGCUAGGUGAGGGCGCGAGCGAGCGGGCGAGCGAGAGUGGUGAGGGGGGACGAAAGCAGAAUUACCUGUAGCUCUUGUUCUGCCAUCUCGGGCGCUCUCACACACCUUCACCUGCACAGACUUGAAAGUCCAGUUUCACCAGAGGCUGAGGCUCCAGGAAAAGGGGAGCGAGUUCAUUGGAUCAAACAUGUCACAAGAGUCGGACAAUAAUAAAAGACUAGUGGCCUUAGUGCCCAUGCCCAGUGACCCUCCCUUCAAUACCCGAAGAGCCUACACCAGUGAGGAUGAAGCAUGGAAGUCCUACCUGGAGAAUCCCCUGACUGCAGCCACCAAGGCUAUGAUGAGCAUUAAUGGUGAUGAGGACAGUGCUGCCGCCCUUGGCCUUCUCUAUGACUACUACAAGGUUCCCCGAGACAAGAGACUUCUGUCUGUGAGCAAAGUGAGUGACAGCCAAGAAGACCAGGAUAAAAGAAACUGUCUUGGCACCAGUGAAGCCCAGAGCACUUUGAGCGGAGGCGAGAACCGAGUGCAGGUCCUGAAGACUGUCCCAGUGAACCUCUGCCUCAGUCAGGACCACGUGGAGAAUUUGAAGCGCGAGCAGUAUAGCGUGUCCAUCACCGAGAGCCCGGCCGUCAUCCCGGUGUCGGGCAUCACCGUGGUGAAAGCCGAGGACUUCACGCCGGUGUUCAUGGCGCCCCCGGUGCACUAUCCCCGCGCGGAUGGCGAGGAGCAGCGCGUGGUCAUCUUUGAGCAGACUCAGUACGACCUGCCCUCCAUAGCCAGCCACAGCUCCUAUCUCAAGGACGACCAGCGCAGCACCCCCGACAGCACCUACAGUGAGAGCUUCAAAGACGGGGCCUCGGAGAAAUUUCGGAGUGCUUCUGUUGGUGCUGAAGAGUAUAUGUAUGACCAGACAACAAGUGGAACAUUUCAGUACACCCUGGAAGCCACCAAAUCUCUCCGUCAGAAGCAGGGGGAGGGCCCCAUGACCUACCUCAACAAAGGACAGUUCUACGCCAUAACACUCAGUGAGACCGGAGACAACAAAUGCUUCAGACACCCCAUCAGCAAAGUCAGGAGUGUGGUGAUGGUGGUCUUCAGUGAAGACAAAAACCGAGAUGAACAGCUGAAAUACUGGAAAUACUGGCAUUCCCGGCAACACACGGCCAAGCAGAGGGUCCUUGACAUUGCUGAUUACAAGGAAAGCUUUAACACCAUCGGAAACAUCGAAGAGAUCGCGUACAACGCUGUUUCCUUCACCUGGGAUGUGAGUGAAGAGGCAAAGAUUUUCAUCACCGUGAACUGCUUGAGUACAGAUUUCUCCUCCCAAAAGGGCGUGAAAGGACUUCCUCUGAUGAUUCAGAUCGACACAUACAGUUACAAUAACCGCAGCAAUAAACCCAUCCACAGAGCGUACUGCCAGAUCAAGGUCUUCUGUGACAAGGGAGCAGAAAGAAAGAUCCGAGAUGAAGAAAGAAAGCAGAACCGGAAGAAAGGGAAGGGCCAGGCCUCCCAAACCCAGUGCAACAACUCCUCUGAUGGGAAAUUGGCCGCCAUACCCCUACAAAAGAAGAGCGAUAUCACGUACUUCAAAACCAUGCCUGACCUGCACUCGCAGCCCGUGCUCUUCAUACCAGAUGUUCACUUUGCAAACCUGCAGAGGACUGGACAGGUGUACUACAACACGGACGAGGAUCGAGAAGGCAGCAGUGUCCUCGUUAAACGGAUGUUCAGGCCCAUGGAAGAGGAGUUUGGUCCAACACCAUCCAAGCAGAUUAAAGAAGAAAACAUAAAGCGAGUGCUUCUGUACGUGAGGAAGGAGAACGAUGAUGUGUUCGAUGCUUUGAUGCUGAAGUCGCCCACAGUGAAGGGUCUGAUGGAAGCGCUGUCUGAGAAGUAUGGACUGCCUGUGGAGAAAAUCACAAAGCUUUAUAAGAAGAGCAAAAAGGGCAUCCUGGUGAACAUGGAUGACAACAUCAUUGAGCACUAUUCAAAUGAGGACACCUUCAUCCUCAACAUGGAGAGCAUGGUGGAAGGCUUCAAGAUCACGCUGAUGGAGAUCUGAGCCCUGGGCACAGGUCCCCUUGACAGGAGCUCUCUUCAGCGUGCUCCUUCCUGGGACAGAUGGGAUGGAAUCUCGCUGCCCCAGAACCUGGAGCUCCAUCUCACCCACCUCACAGACUGUUACAAGACUGCUGGGAAAGGGGCGGGGCCCAAGGCCCUGUGAGUGUCCAUGUCGACUCCUCCAUUUGCUCCCCAUGGAGCUGAAGCCUGAGCCCCUCAGCAAAUUUCUUUGGGCCUGGCAGGCCCUUAUUUAUUGCCCAUUUUCCCCAAGAACCUGGAGUCCAGGCCCUCCAGGACUCUAUAAGUUACUGAUAGCUCCAUGUGAGGCAUCCAGGGUCCCAUUCCCCCCACCCCCCACCCCUUCAAGGGAAACACAGCCAGUCCACUCAUCUCGAGGAGCCCGGGCAGCUGCUGUGUCUUUUCUUACUUCCCUGCUCUUGAGUGGAUGGACGAGAUGAGCGCCUCCUUGGCGCAGUCUCCAUGGGUGGGGUAAGAAGGACACCCUUUUACUGGCCCCAAACCUUCAGAUAGCUCUGAAGAAGGUCAUUUUACUAAAUACCUCCAGGGGGUCUCAGCAAGUAGCCACUGGGCCUUGUACGGGAAGACAUUCUGCUACCAUGUCAGUAAUAAGGAACACAAAGUAAGCCUAGUGACCAUGUACAUAUUUUGUACAUAAUAUCGCAAUAAUAUAUUUUACCUGUGGUGUGCGGGCGUGUUUACUGCCACUGGCCUGGAGAAGACACGACCCAAAGACUCAGAGCACUCUGCUCUAUCCAAGAGGAGGCCUUUGGGGUGUCAUGUGACUGUGGUGAAUGGCUGGAGGGACUCUUCAUUGGGCCAUGCCUGAGGACUUGUUCCCCGUCCCCAGACGGAGCCCUUUCUCCUCAAACAUGAUGUCCUCCAGGCCAUCGUACUUUAUCUCAUGGUGGUAUGUCUGGGCAGGGCCAUGCUGUCAGUGCCUUGUUUAGCUUUGGUAACUUAAGCCUUCUGUAAAGUUUCUGCAGGGGUUUACGCUGGGGCGGGCCCUGUCGCUGGGACCUGCGACAGAACUGCUUGGCCAACGUGGGAUCCUGGACACUGUUGUGCCUCACAGUUUACAAGCAUGUCCUUCAUCUCAAGUGGCCCCUUUGAAAGUCCAACUGUAGUUUUGCGAAGCGAGCCAGCAGCUCGGCUUGGCUGUGAACAGCAGACGCUCUCCUCGUGCUUCUGGAGACCGGAAGAGGUGGGGCUAUCCACACAGGCUGUGGAAAGCCAUGGGGGCCCUGGCAAUUCCAAACCCGGCUUUGGGAGGCACACUGGAGAGCUAAGGCUGUUCCUCUCCUUCCCCGGGGGAGGUCAAGAGAAAGCUGCUUUCCUGACCAGUCAUGAAAGCAUGCCCCACCGUGGGCUGCUGUUCUCUCUGAGAUGGCAGGUCAGUAGCUUAGGGACUUGUAUGUGCCCCCGUGGGCUGAGCACUAGUUUGAGUAGCCAUGCAUAUCCCACUCCCAGGCCUGGAUCAUGGGACAGCUUCCAUGGAAAGGUCCAGAUCUGCCUGGGAAGCACUUUGAUGUCUUACCUGGAGGCUCAGUUGACUCCUGCCUUCUUGUCCCACCUGCCCCUGAGGCUGACUCUAGACCAGCCCUUGCUCUCCAAAGUGGCAAAGAAGUUGAAUGGGAUGGAGAGUAGGUGCCGAAGAGGCUCCCAGGGAUAUCGGGGUGCCUUUCUGAGAGCCCCGGCACUCCUCAUUCCAGUCCUCACCUCCACUCUAAACACCAUUCCUUGAAGCUUGGGGACCCUCCAGGGUGCUAGUGGGUCUCUGAUCUAUGGUCUACAACACUUGGGGUUAGCUCAAAACAUGCUGGCGGACCUUAUAUGUGGGUGUAAAACUCCAGAGCAGGGAGAAGACAGACGUGUAGCAACCCCACUGCUGCCAGCUCUUCUCUCUAGUCUCUGGAAAACUGCUGGUCUGCUGUAUGGCCGAAGACAAGCCAGAGAUGGCUUUGCCUUGCCUUUGUCCUGAACCCCUAAGCAGUGCUUGUGAUAGCCAUCACCAGAACAAGGGAUAGAAGCCAGUGCCACCAAAGAGUGUUCCAGUGUCAGGUCCUGGAGCAUCCGCUGGGGGCAUCCCUUCUUUGCUGAGCAUCCUUUUCUGAACAAAACACUCCAGCAAGCUGGAAAAGCUUGCCUCAACUUUGUCUCUGAAUUAAUCUCACCCAAAUAAAGAACUUUUUGUCGUUGUGUUUAGUCCAUAGAAGAUGGGGCACACUUGAAGCCAGAAAGCUUCCGUGUCGUCACAUUGUUGAAACUUUCCCGGUGUUUAGAAUUGGAACCAACGGAGAGGUACACAGGGGCUGUCAUACUGAAAUCAGCUCCUGAAAGACUAAGGCAUGUGCUAACACAGAGACCUGGGAAGCAUGAAAUGAGUUAAAACAUUUGCUUUCCUUCGUGUUUAACAGUCAUGAAAUGCAACAGGAAGGAGGGUUUGUGCCAAAUUCUGAGAAUGGCCCUUUCCGAAGGACAAGCAAGGGGGUUGAUGUGUGUACCAUCUGCUCCUGCCUAAAAAAGAGCAAUGUAACUUCAUAGUUUUGUAAAUGGGAAAGGGGGAAUCUAUA